AUGAUGAGAGACCAAAGAAGAAAACAGUCAGAGCCAUUUUGGCCUUCAAUGGUGAUGAAAAAAUGGCUAAACAUCAGGCCGAAGUUAAAUGAUUUCAGCGAAGACGAGUUUGAUACAGGCGGCGAAGACAAUGAUGGUAGUGACUCUGGAGAUGAUAACUUCUUUGAGAUAGAUGGAAAUGUCAAAUACAUGAUUAGCAAAUCAUCAGGAGAAAAAACAAUUCCUCUGCGAAGGCUUCAGAGAAGGAAAUCAGAGAGUUUACGUGUUAGCUACAUCAGUAACAAAGAUGUGAGGGUGAUGAUAGGAACAUGGAAUGUUGCUGGAAGAGUGCCUAGUGAUGACCUUGAUCUUGAUCAGUGGCUUUGUACCCAAGAGCCAGCAGACUUGUAUGUUUUAGGUUUCCAGGAAGUUGUCCCAUUAAGUGCUGGUAAUGUCUUGGGAGCAGAGGACAGUAGACCAAUACAGAAAUGGGAAGCUCUUAUCCGCCAAACACUUAACAGGUCUCAGCAAACCAAGACAAUCUGCAAAAGCUACAGUGCUCCACUCUCACCAUUACUUAGACCUGUUGCUUCAGGCGAUGGGCAUGAAUAUACGAAAUCCAAACCUGAAGAUAGAGUGACAGGAAGUUUAACUCAGCUUAGAGAUUGGCAAACUAGUAAGAGUAAGCUUCAUCGCAACAGGUUCGAUGAGACCAGUUCAUUGGAGUGGCCAGAAUAUCCACUCGACACUCCAUCAAAGGUUUUGGUAUCAGGUACAGGAUUGAGGCGAGUCAUGAGCUUGGGGUUAUUUAGCGCCAACUUUGUGGAAAACCCUCGAGGUCUUGAGCUCCAGGAUGUAGAUUUGCAUGCUGGGAUGAGAAGGCAGUAUCAUAGCUCGGGAAAUCUUAGCAUGUUAUGGUCUGAACAGCAGGAGAAUCUUGAUGUUCUAAAUUCGCUUGAUCAGUUAUCUGAUUUGGUGUCAGAAGAAGACUCAACUUUUGAUGACACUGUUGAGGACUGUGCUACUCUUGGGAAAAGAGAAUCUUCCAAGCAUCGUGCAAAUUAUGUGCGCAUUGUUAGCAAACAAAUGGUUGGAAUAUAUGUUUCUGUAUGGGUUUCCCAAAAAUUGAGGCGACAUGUUAACAACUUGGAGGUAUCACCGGUUGGGGUUGGACUUUUGGGAUACAUGGGCAACAAGGGAUCGAUUUCCACCAGCAUGACUCUUUUCCAAACUCGAUUGUGCUUUGUCUGCUCUCAUCUUGCAUCUGGUCAUAAAUCAGGGGAUCAACAAAAAAGGAACGCUGAUGUUUAUGAGAUUUUACAAAGAACAAGGUUUUCUUCCUUGUUUGCUGCUGGUCGUCCACAAAAGAUUCCUUCUCAUGAUCAAAUUUUCUGGUUCGGGGAUCUUAACUACCGCAUUGACCUGCCGGAUUCUGAAGUACGAUAUCUGGUGGCUAUGAAGAAGUGGGAUGAUCUUUUGAAGUCAGAUCAGCUAACGAAGGAGCUAAUAAGUGGAAAUACUUUUCUUGGUUGGAAGGAAGGCUUGAUUAACUUCCCACCAACUUACAAGUAUGAAAGGAAUUCAACCAGAUAUGUUGGUGAGCUUCAUAAUGAAGCAGAGAAAAAAAGAUCUCCAGCAUGGUGCGAUCGUGUAAUAUGGUUGGGGAAGGGUACCAAACAACUAUCAUAUUGGAGCUCCGGUUUGAACCUCUCAGAUCACCGCCCAGUCAGCGCCGUCUUCUUGGUCGAAGUUGAAGUGUUCAAUCAACAAAAACUUGAAAGGGUCUUGAACUUCAAUCCUGGAUUCGUUUCAAAUGGGGAAAAUAUUACAUGA